UCAAUAAAAUAUGUACUCGGAAUCGGAAGAACCUACCUUACUUUUCCAUCCGCGGAACGACGCACGCGGACGCCUCCUUGUUCCGGGUCCUACUCCCGCCGCCUUCGCCUAAAGAGGCCUCGCCCUCCCCCCUCCGGCGAAAACCGAUUCCCUUCCCCGAUUCCCUCCGGCGUUUCCUGGGUCCCUCUCCAUCCUCACCGCUUUCUUCCUCUGCAGGUCCCUUAGUGCAAGCAAGGACACCGCUCCUCUAGCGAGCUCUGUUCUGAAGCGGCAAGGUUUGGCCUUACCUGUUUGCCUCAAGCUUGCCGGCUUGGCUGCCUGGGCAAGCAAAUCCUUGCCAAUUUAGGCGAGCCAAAUUUUCUCUCCUGCAUGGACAAGGUUUGCUCACGCGCUCGCAUGGCCAGCUGAGCCGUCACUAAAUUGGCCACUCCAUGCUGUUGCUGGAUCGGGAUUUGUUAUUGCUGAAUUGAUGGCCAUCACUGGACUCAGAUAGUCAGGUUUGCCAGCACGGCAGCACCAAAUCGACCUCUGCUACCAUCAGAUUGAUGUUCCUAGGCACUGAAUUGACCCUCAUCACUGUUGAAUCGAGCUCUGUUAUUGUUGGAUCAAGCUACAGUUUGAGGCAAGGCGAGCGAUGGCAAGGGAAGAAAACACCUUUGGAAGAUUACCUUCCUUUGCCUAGCAAGAAAGAUGAUUAAUCUUUUCAAAAUAAAGGGUCAAAAGAAAGAAGAGGCAGCAAGUGCUGCUGGAAAGGCCCCUGUUAAGAAACAGUCUGCUGGGGAGCUCCGUCUUCAUAAAGAUAUUAGUGAGCUCAACCUGCCGAAGACCACAUCAAUUUCUUUUCCCAAUGGCAAGGAUGAUCUGAUGAAUUUUGAGACCACCAUCCGACCUGAUGAAGGAUAUUACAUGGGCGGCACUUUCGUUUUCACCUUUCAAGUGUCCCCAUCUUAUCCUCAUGAUCCUCCGAAGGUCAAAUGCAAGACCAAGGUGUACCAUCCAAAUAUUGAUCUGGAAGGCAAUGUCUGUCUGAACAUUCUGCGCGAAGAUUGGAAGCCUGUUCUCAACAUCAACACUGUUAUUUAUGGCCUGAAUCUUCUUUUUACGCAACCAAACGACGAGGAUCCUCUGAACCACGAAGCUGCAGUUGUCCUUCGCGACAAUCCAAAGAUGUUUGAGGCAAAUGUGAGAAGAGCCAUGGCUGGAGGCUACGUCGGCCAACACUAUUUCCAAAGAUGUGCUUGACUUGAUGUGGUGGUGGCUUGAAAACGAUCAACAGAGCCCCUCCCCCUGUAUCAGCACCAGCGCGCCCAGCUUUGUGUGCGGAAAGUGCUUCUGGAAGCAAAAUCCAAACCGUUCAUGGUGUGACAUCUGUUUGCCCGCCUUUGUGAUGUGUGGUAUAGUGGUGGUGCAUAAUGACAGGGAAAUGCUUCUCUAACUGUAUCAUUCAUUCCAUAAAUCCUAAACGAGGAAUGGGAAGUGGAUUGUUAAGCAGAUUCCUUCUGCAGAUGUUGAUGUCGUAUUCGGCGUGUAUUCAUUGUCGCAUCUUCCAGGUCGACGUUGACAUGCACGUCUAGCUUCGGAUGCCGUUACCA